AUGGCCUGGUGGUGUGCCAUUUGCCAUUUGGACCAACAGCUUAUUUCACUCUUUACAACGUGGUAAUGAGGCACGAUGUUCCAGACAUAGGCACCAUGUCCGAGGCCUACCCCCACCUCAUUUUUCACAACUUCACGUCGCGGCUCGGCAAGAGGGUAUCCAAUAUCCUCAAGUAUCUUUUUCCAGUGCCGAAGGAGGACAGUAGGCGUGUAAUCACAUUCGCCAACCAAGAGGACUUCAUCACUUUCAGACAUCACACCUACAAGAAAACAGACCACAAGAACAUUGAGCUGACAGAAGUAGGACCCAGGUUUGAAAUGAGAUUGUACAUGAUCAAACUGGGCACCCUGGAGAAUGAGAGCACUGCAGACGUUGAGUGGCGUCACCAUGCAUAUACACAUACUGCGAAGAAAAGGAGGUUCCUCAGUGUGCAAUAGGAACUGAUGAAGAUGAACUUAAAAUAUGGAGUUUCUAAAAUGACUGGGGAGGUUUUGUUCGAGAAAUGUAAUCAAUUCAAGUCAAGGGUUUCCCAUUGUCAACAAUUAUGGUCACAUUUACAGUAAAUGGGUAAUAAAACUGCAUCAUACCCAUCAUGAGUGACUAUUUUUCAAGUAAAAGAGAACCUUUUUUGAUAAACCUAUUGUAGGACUCCACACAUACUUAAGGGUAUUAUAACUGUUGUGCUGUUUUGUAAUAAAAUGCAUUUCUAAUGA